AUGAACGCACGGACAGCUAGCCCCAGCCAAUCAAUAUGGCGAGACCUAGAUGAGAAUACCUUCCGUACCCAUCUCAUCAACCUCGAAGAGCGUACGAACGCCGUUCCUGUAGAUCCACAGCUCUUUCUUCUGCCCACUGAUACCGACAGCGGCAGAAAAUUCUCAAUCGAUGACGAACAGAAGCUUGCAGACGCAUUUGCGUUUUUGGUGGCCGUAGAGCAAGGGGCACAGAGCGUUGCGGCAGUUUGUCUGGAAGAGAAUUUGGAAGAACAAUCACUUGUCGUAUGUUUUGCUGCUAUAGACACAAUCGAUGAAUAUUUGCAGGAGUCCCUAGGAAAGAUUUGCGGAACGCUGGCCGUGUAUUCUAAAAGUGGUCACGGGUCAAACGACGAUGAACUAUUUGAAUUAAUUAUACGGUUGCAUCACCGCCGUAUUCUUGGGCGCCUACGUUCCUCAAAGUGGGAGAAGCCAACGUAUCUCUCUCGGACACAUAAAAAGCCUCUCUGGGAGGACUUCAGAAACCUCCUGCAUCGUGUUCAGUUCCUCUACACAAAGAAAGAGAAAUCACAACGGAAGGUUGUGGAAACGGAGAUAGAAUACCUCGCAAAACUCUACGAAUGCUUCGAAACGGUACCUGCACAAUCUGAUGAUGAAGUCUCCUCUAUUGAAAGCCUUGUCAAAGCAAGCUAUGGACUAUGUACUUCAAACUCGAUAAAAGACUAUGCCCACCGUUUAGAAACGGUCGGGCCAACUCCUCAGCUGCAGUCCGCCGUCAAGACAUUGAGGCAAAUCGAGAAGAUCGCAGCCUACUACCGUGUCGCACAAACUCUCUUACGGGCCUCUCAACAAUAUCCGUACUACUUCCAACAUCUCGAGCUAAAAUAUUUGCCACCGUACGCAGGGAUACCGACGGAUAUCGGGUAUGAGGAGUGGGCAAAGACCUGUCACGUUCAUGCUGAGGUACAGUUGGUUGUAUACUAUGACUUGCGGCAAAAAGGGAUGCCUGUAGGGAAUCUACUUCCUAGAGUCAUUGGAACUAGCAAGUAUCUUUGCUAUCUCUGUUACCUUUUUUUAAAAUCUCAUGGAUGCUACCCCCCAGCGAACACGCAUGGCCGCCUAUAUGACCAAUGGACAAUCCCAGACCUCCUUGAUAUGGAAGACGGCAUAAGACGAAAGUAUAGGGAAAUAGUGCGCUUGAUGGAUGAAGAGGUAGCGGAGAAGGCGACCGAAAAACCACAAUGGAGGUCGGAGCCGAUGACAAGUCGAGAGAACCUACUUGAUGCAAUAGAGGAUAACAAGUCUAUUGCAUUGUGGCGGAGGGCAACAAAGUCCAACUCUUCGACUAGUCUAGAAUUCUAG